AUGAGGAGGAAGACAUCUGUCAUGGAGAGGCAAUCCUCAAAUACGUACUUUGACCUGACGGCUUACCCGUUCUAUAAGAGAACGGUUCAACUGGUUAGGCGGUCUGGCGCAUUAUUCACUGCGCUUUAUUUAAAGCAGUGUGCGUCAUCCGGGGUGAUAAAAAAGAACCAUACCCUGUUGACAGUGUCCCUGUCCCUUAAUCAUCAGGCUACCCUCGGAUUCUUCCCUCCAGAUAUUAAUGAGGUGGGCGGGAAGGAUAGAGCCCAACUUAUUAUAUACGGAUACGGAUAUUCCUUGUCAUUCUAA